GCUGUGCUGUGCUCCUAUUUUUUCUAGGGGGUCGACCAUUCCAUCGAAGAAAAAAAAAGAUAAAUAAAAGCGAUUUAUUUCAGGUUAUCAUCGAAAUCACUAUGGUUGAAUGGUACACCUUUAACUAGUGUUACAAGAGCUGCACAUGUCAGCAUAUGCGUCGUCCAGCCGAUGACCUCGUUGAUGUCCUGAAUUCCGUAAAGCCCUUUCGAAAGAGCUCCGGCUUACUCGCUCUGUCCUCAAACCACAUGCGUCCAUCAGCUCUUCGAGCCAUUGGCCGACUUUCCGCGCUAGGAUUCUUGUCGAGGUGUAUUAACAAUCCUCCGCGUAGAGUCUAUCAUCGACUUUGUUUCUCCCACUCAGUGCUGGUUCACCAUAGGAGUUGUCAUGGUCGCAAAGCAAGUAAAGAGCGUAUUAGGUUAUGCAAAGCUUUCCUUCAGGAGCAGUGAACCAAAUUGAGCCAGCUCCGUAUUUAUGAUGACUUACGUUUU